AUGGAAGGCUCGAAUUCGAUAGGGGCAGUAGUGCAAGGUGGCAGCACCAAUGAAAACGACGGGAUCGAGUGGGAGAUGAGGCCAGGUGGCAUGCUUGUUCAGAAGAGAGACGAUGGUUAUGAUCAUGGUGGUGGUGGGCAUUCAAUUAAGAUUAAGGUCUCUCAUGGGUCGAACCAGCACGACCUCACUGUUCCCUUCCAGUCUACCUUUGGAGAUCUGAAAAGAGCUAUUUCCCAAGAAACUGGUUUGGAGCCAGAAGAGCAAAAACUGUUGUUCAGAGGAAUGGAAAAAGAGGAUCAGGAAUAUUUGCACUUGGCAGGCCUGAAGGACAAUUCAAAGGUACUACUCAUGGAGGAUUCAGUGAGCAAAGAAAGGAAGCCUGAAGUGGUAAAGGCUAGGAGUGAGUUAUCAAGAGGUGAUGCAGCUGUUGCUGAAGUCAGAUCCGAGGUGGAUAAACUCUCAGAACAGAUUUCUGCUUUGGAAGCUGUUGUAUGCGAUGGGACGAAGGUCGCGGAGCAUGAUAUUAUUUACAUAACGGAGAUGCUCAUGAAACAGCUGCUGAAAUUGGACAGCAUUGAGGCUGAAGGAGAAGGAAAAGUGCAGCGAAAGAUGGAGGUACGUCGGGUACAGAGCUUUGUGGACACAAUGGAUUCACUUAAGGCAAAAAAUUCUGAACCCAUUGGCAACAGCUCCAAUGCUGUGUCGGUGACAACCCAGUGGGAAACAUUUGAAACUGGUGUUGGAAGUCUUAAUGCCCCUGCCCCAAUGCCAUCUCCUACAAAAGUCACCCAGGAAUGGGAACAGUUUGAUUAG